ACAUCGCUGGAGCCUGGGACGUCGGUGUCUUCUUCGUUGCCGCCGGCGUCUGGAUCUUUCUCUCCCGGGAGUUUACAUGCUUCUUUCUCUUUUAUUCUUGGGGAUUUCGCCGCUUUUCAGAAGUCUGGGACGCGCUCUCCGACCCCGUGGGACGUUUUGGCGCUGUCUGGCCUCGGAUUUGGCCUUUCCCCCCUUGGGACUGUCGCGGGGGCUCCUUCCGCUGGGAUUAUAACUGCAUCAUGACGCUGGAAGAGCUCGUGGCGUGCGACAACGCGGCGCAGAAGAUGCAGAUGCUGAGCUCAGCGGUGGAGGAGCUGCUGGUGGCCGCGCAGCGCCAGGACCGGCUCACCGUGGGGGUGUACGAGUCGGCCAAGCUGAUGAAUGUGGACCCCGACAGCGUGGUCCUGUGCCUCCUGGCCGUGGACGAGGAGGAGGAGGGCGACAUCGGCCUGCAAAUCCACUUCACGCUCCUGCAGUCGUUCUGCUGCGACAACGACAUCAACAUCGUGCGCGUCUCGGGCAUGCAGCGCCUGGCCCAGCUGCUGGGCGAGCCGGCCGAGGCCCAGGGCUCCCCCGAGGCCCGGGACCUACACUGCCUCCUGGUCACGAAUCCUCACAUGGAGGCCUGGAAGAGUCACGGCCUGGUGCAGGUAGCCAGCUACUGUGAGGAAAGCAGAGGCAACAACCAAUGGGUCCCCUGUAUCUCCCUGCAAGAACGCUGAGGCCCUUCCCAGCAUCCGAAUCUGUUCAGUUGCUGCAAAAAAAAAUCAAUAAAAUCAAUAUUUGACUCCCUCCCCUGCAGAACAACCCACCCCCCAAAAAACAAAACAAAAAAUCACCGGACUCAGGAGACCAUCGGGGGCAGUCAUGGAGACUGAGGACAAGGAGAGAGGGGGCAUGUGGCCGUCCCUGGGGCAGCGAGGCCACCGAGAGAGGAGAAGAGGGACCCCAGGCCAGCGGGAGAGGGGACCCUGCAGCUCAGGCCCUGUGACAGAGCAGAAGCCGGAGUGGGGGAGCCACGGCCCCCCUACCCUGCCAUCGUGGAGGGCCUGGACUCGAUGCUUCGAGGGUGGGGUGAGACUUGGCAUGUCCCCCCACCCUCCUUGAGACUGGAGCUGACACAUGCAAAACUUGGGGGACCAAACCGGGGUGCAGACCCUGGCCAGGACUCCUUUGGAACUCGGGGAGCUGGGGCGGAGGCUGAUUUCAUCUGUACCCACGAACUCCUAGUUUGCAAAUCAUACAGACAAUCUAUUUUGUUACUUGCACUUGUUACUUGAACCACUGCGAGGGAUGGAAAGCUCACAGAUGCAUAUAUUUUUAUUUCUACGAUGAUGGCCUGAUAAUAAAUUUAUAAAGCCUC